AUGUCAGCUGACGAAAAAAAGCACAGACUUGAAGAAUUGAAAGAUCAGAAUGUGGUGCUUGGACUUGCAAUCCAAAGAUCACGGCUUUCAGUUAAAAGACUUAAAUUGGAGUACGGCGUUUUAUUGGAAAGGUUGGAAUCUAGGAUAGAGCUUGAUCCCGAGCUAAAUUGCGAAGAUCCAUUGCCAACUCUGGCCUCAUUCAAGCAGGAACUGUUGACAAAACCUUUCCGAAAAUCGAAAACCAAAAGACAUAAAGUAAAGGAAAGGGAUCCAAAUAUGCCCAAGAGACCUACAAAUGCUUAUUUGUUAUAUUGUGAAAUGAACAAAGAGAGGAUCAGGCAGAAUGGGUCUCUUGACGUGACAAGAGAUUUGGCUGAGGGUUGGAAAAAUCUCAACGAACAGGAUAGGAAACCGUACUAUAAACUCUAUAGCGAAGAUAGAGAAAGAUACCAGAUGGAAAUGGAAGUAUACAAUAAGAAAAUAUCUAGUACAGAUGCAGAUGACGAUAAAGAAGAAAGUGAACAAAAGAUAAAAAACAACGAAGAAAAGUCACCCACGAAAGUAGAUGAGAUUAAAGAGGGUGAAGAAGAAGCGCUGAUUGCCUCUAACUAG